UGGGCGGCUCCCUCUCUGAAUAUACUUUUGGGGCAAAUUCUGGUCCUUAUUGGCUGUUCAAAACAGGAGAGCUUCUUCUAGACUCCGAAGACCUCUCUCUCUCUUUCCCCAUUUCCUACUCAAAUACUUGAUCAACACACAAAGAUAUAAACUCAUAUAAUAGAUAGUAAACAUAAUAACGCAUGCGUAUACGCAUAUAUGUAUCUAUAUCCGCUCCUCUUUGAAUUUUGUUCUUGAUCACCAACUUGUCUGAUUGUGGAGAUGAUGGACUAUUACCAGCUUGCCGCAACGUCUUCCUACCAAGAUUCUCUCAAGGUUAUCGAGGCCGAUAUUCAGCAUGCCAAUAUGCUGGCGGCUUCUAUUUCUAGGGCGAAGGGAAGUGCUUGUUUUCAAAUGAAAUUGGUCUACAAUCACUUUGCGCCUAUUUUAUGGUUUUUGCUCCAAUGGAUGGAUUGCUCAUGUGCAUAUUUGCUCCCUGGCUAUCUAAAUCUCUUUCACGUAGUGGUAUAUAAGGUGUCCCCAGAUGGCAAGGCAUUUAACUGUUCACAUGGAAGGAGAGCAACCAUUAGAGAAUUCUAUGCCGUGAUAUUACCAUCUCUCCAGCAGCUCCAUGAAAACACUUCAGAGGUGGAUCUUUGUGAAGAUGAAGAUCAUGUCUUUGAAAUGAUUGUUCAGAAGAGAUUAGAGGAGAGGAGUAAGAAGCAUUCAGAUGUUGAUUUUGAGAGAGAAGAUGAAUGUGGAAUCUGCCUAGAGCCCUGCACUAAAAUGGUUUUACCAAACUGCUGCCAUGCAAUGUGCAACAAUUGUUACCGUGACUGGAACAUGAGGUCUGCGUCCUGCCCGUUUUGCCGGGGUAGCCUAAAGAGAGUGAGUUCGGGGGACUUGUGGGUCCUCACGUGCAAUGGCGACGUAGUUGAUGCUGAAACCGCGUCAAAGGAAGAAAUCUUGCGAUUCCAUCUCUUUGUUAACAGCUUACCUAAAGAAAUUCCCGACGCUCUCUUCUUAAUGUAUUAUGAGUACUUGAUCUGAUCUGCAAAUCAAUCGGAGAAUUGUACAGCAAAAGAUGAAAUGCAGACCAUCAGAUGUAGAUAGAGUCUGGUGAAGUUCUUAUUCUUUAAGUAUUAGAAAGAAAAUUUCAAGCAGUCUGCUGCAUGCCCUUUUAUCAUCGUGCAGAAUGAUGUUCCAUUGUGCAGUGUAUAUUCGAUCCAAUAACCAAGAUGAAGAAGGUUCUUUGCAUUUUAUGGUUUA